AUGACAUCUUUUCACAAAGGAUUUCUCAAAGUUAUAAUUAUAGGCGAUUCAGGAGUAGGAAAAACUUCACUCCUUGAAGCUUUUAACUAUAAGAAAAUUUCUAAAUCAGCCAAACCAACUAUUGGUGCCGAAUUUACUAAGCGAAAGGUAAAGCUUUAGGACGGUCGAGAUGUUAAUCUAUAAAUAUGGGACACUGCAGGUUAAGAGAGAUUUCAAAGUCUAUGCACUUCUUUCUAUAGAGGCACAGAUUGUUGCAUUCUAGUCUAUGACAUAACAUCAUCUGAGUCUUAUGAAAAUUUAGAUUGCUGGCGCUAAUUGUUUUAAUCUACAACUGGAGAUGAAUAAACUCAGGAAAUUCCAAUAAUUCUAGUUGGGAAUAAAUGUGACAGGGAUAGAAAUGUAGAUCCUGAUAGGGUUUAAAUUGAUUGGGUAUAAAAGAAAAAAUGUAUCCAUCAUAUCGAGACAAGUGCUUUGAACUUAUUGAGAGUUGAAGAAUUAUUCUAGCUUACAGCAUAGUAUGGUUAUUAGUUUUUUGAAUAAUCAAGACUAGGAGCAAUUGGUUCAGGCCAUUCAAUGAUAAACAUGCAAUAAAUGAGGAAAAGCUAAAGAACGUAAUUACUUAAUACACCUAAUACUAGCAGAGUAUCUCUAGGCUCCAAGAAAUAGAAUGUAAAUAGUAAGGAUCAAUGUGGAUGCUGA